GGGGAAUCUCCCGCCAUUUUUCAAUAAUUUCCUCCCGUGCAGCUGAGGAGUCGUGACUGCCGAACGCGGGGACUGGUAGCGAAGGUUGGCUGGAGGCUGCCAGGCGGAGCAGCGGUGUGCGUAGGAGUUCUGCGCCCUUAGGUCCAGUUCCAUGGCCCUCGCGCGGCCGCGCCAGCAGUGAGGGAGCCGACUUCGCGCCGCCCUCUCACCCCUCCCCUCCCCCAUCCCACCCCCGGGAGCCAGGCGCUCGCUCCGGGCCGCGGGGCCUAGUGUUGCGCCGUGGGCUCGCCGAGCAGCUGCCGCCGCCUUCUUUGCAGCCGCCGCCACCGCGAUGGCGCCGCUCCUGGGCCGCAAGCCCUUCCCGUUGGUGAAGCCUCUUCCCGGCGAGGAGCCGCUCUUCACCAUCGCGCACACUCAGGAGGCCUUCCGCACUCGGGAAGAAUAUGAAGCUCGCUUGGAAAGGUACAGUGAGCGCAUUUGGACAUGUAAGAGUACCGGAAGUAGUCAGCUAACACACAAGGAGGCCUGGGAGGAGGAACAGGAAGUUGCUGAACUUUUGAAGGAAGAGUUUCCUGCCUGGUAUGAGAAACUUGUUCUGGAAAUGGUUCACCAUAACACAGCCUCUUUAGAAAAGUUAGUAGAUACUGCUUGGUUGGAGAUCAUGACCAAAUAUGCCGUGGGAGAAGAGUGUGACUUUGAGGUUGGGAAGGAAAAAAUGCUCAAGGUGAGGAUUGUGAAGAUUCAUCCUUUGGAGAAAGUGGAUGAAGAGGCCACUGAGAAGAAAUCUGAUGGUGCCUGUGAUUCUCCUUCAAGUGACAAAGAGAAUUCUGGCCAGAUCGCUCAGGAGCAUCAGAAGAAGGAGGCAAUUAUAAAAGAGGAUGAAGGAAGGAGAGAGAGUAUUAAUGACAGAGCACGUAGAUCUCCAAGAAAACUGCCUACUUCAUUAAAAAAAGGAGAAAGGAAAUGGGCUCCUCCAAAAUUUCUGCCUCACAAAUAUGAUGUGAAACUACAAAAUGAAGAUAAGAUCAUCAGUAAUGUGCCAGCGGACAGCUUGAUUCGUACAGAACGCCCACCAAAUAAGGAGAUACUUCGAUAUUUUAUACGGCAUAACGCCUUACGGGCUGGCACUGGUGAAAAUGCACCUUGGGUGGUAGAAGACGAAUUGGUGAAGAAAUAUUCCCUGCCCAGCAAGUUCAGUGACUUUUUACUUGAUCCAUACAAGUACAUGACUCUCAACCCUUCUACUAAGAGGAAAAAUACUGGAUCCCCAGACAGGAAGCCCUCAAAGAAAUCCAAGACGGACAACUCUUCUCUGAGUUCACCACUGAAUCCUAAGUUAUGGUGUCAUGUACACUUGAAGAAAUCCUUGAAUGGCUCACCACUCAAAGUGAAGAACUCAAAGAAUUCCAAAUCUCCAGAAGAGCAUCUGGAAGAAGUGAUGAAGAUGAUGUCACCCAACAAGUUACAUGCUAAUUUUCACAUUCCUAAGAAAGGCCCACAUGCCAAGAAACCAGGGAAGCACAAUGACAAACCUUUGAAAGCAAAGGGCAGAAGCAAAGGCAUCCUGAAUGGACAGAAAUCCACAGGGAAUUCCAAAUCUCCAAAAAAGGGCCUGAAGACUCCUAAAACCAAAAUGAAGCAAAUGACUUUGUUGGAUAUGGCUAAAGGCACUCAGAAGAUGACACGAGCCCCACGGAAUUCUGGGGGUACACCCAGGUCCUCUAGUAAACCUCAUAAACAUCUGCCUCCUGCUGCCCUACACCUUAUUGCCUACUACAAAGAAAACAAAGACAGGGAGGACAAGAAGAGUGCCCUGUCCUGUGUUAUAUCCAAAACAGCUCGUCUCCUCUCCAGUGAAGAUAGAGCUCGUCUCCCGGAAGAAUUGCGAAGUAUUGUUCAAAAACGCUUUGAGCUUCUAGAACACAAAAAGAGGUGGGCCUCUAUGUCUGAAGAACAACGCAAAGAAUAUUUGAAAAAGAAACGAGAGGAACUGAAAGAAAAGUUAAAAGAGAAAGCCAAAGAGCGGAGAGAGAAAGAAAUGCUUGAGAAGCUAGAAAAACAGAAGCGGUACGAGGACCAAGAGUUAACUGGCAAAAACCUUCCAACAUUUAGGUUGGUGGAUACCCCUGAAGGGUUGCCCAACACACUCUUUGGGGAUGUGGCCAUGGUGGUGGAGUUCUUGAGCUGUUAUUCUGGACUGCUCUUACCAGAUGCUCAGUAUCCUAUUACUGCUGUGUCCCUUAUGGAAGCCUUGAGUGCAGAAAAGGGUGGCUUUUUAUACUUAAAUAGAGUGUUGGUCAUCCUCUUACAGACCUUAUUACAAGAUGAAAUAGCAGAAGAUUAUGGUGAAUUGGGAAUGAAGCUGUCGGAAAUCCCUCUGACUCUGCAUUCUGUUUCAGAGCUGGUGCGGCUCUGCUUACGCAAAUCUGAUGUUCAGGAGGAAAGUGAGGGCUCAGACACAGAUGAUAAUAAAGAUUCAGCACCAUUUGAGGACAAUGAGGUACAAGAUGAGUUCCUAGAGAAGUUGGAAACCUCUGAAUUUUUUGAACUAACAUCAGAAGAGAAGCUACAGAUCUUAACAGCACUCUGCCACCGGAUUCUCAUGACAUACUCAGUGCAAGACCAUAUGGAAACGAGGCAGCAGAUGUCUGCAGAGUUGUGGAAGGAACGGCUUGCUGUGUUAAAGGAAGAAAAUGAUAAGAAGAGAGCAGAGAAACAGAAACGGAAAGAAAUGGAAGCCAGAAAUAAAGAAAAUGGAAAAGAGGAGAAUGGGUUAGGCAAAACUGAUAGGAAAAAAGAAGUUGUGAAGUUUGAGCCCCAGGUAGACAUGGAAGCUGAAGACAUGAUUAGUGCUGUGAAGAGCAGACGGCUACUUGCCAUUCAGGCAAAGAAGGAACGGGAAAUCCAGGAGAGAGAAAUGAAAGUGAAACUUGAACGCGAAGCUGAAGAAGAACGAAUACGAAAACACAAAGCAGCUGCUGAGAAGGCAUUCCAGGAGGGAAUUGCCAAAGCUAAACUUGUCAUGCGUAGGACUCCUAUUGGUACAGAUCGAAACCAUAAUAGAUACUGGCUCUUCUCAGAUGAAGUUCCAGGAUUGUUCAUUGAAAAAGGCUGGGUGCAUGACAGCAUUGACUACCGAUUCAACCAUCACCGCAAAGACCAUCCUGACUCUCCUGAUGAGGAUUACUGUCCCCGCAGUAAGAAAGCAAACCUAGGCAAAAAUGUAGGCAUGAACACACAGCAUGGACAAGCAACCGAAAUCUGUGCUGUAGAGACCACCAUACCCAAACAAGGACAGAACCUAUGGUUUUUGUGUGAUAGUCAGAAGGAACUGGAUGAGUUACUAAACUGUCUUCACCCUCAGGGAAUAAGAGAAAGUCAGCUUAAGGAGAGACUAGAGAAGAGGUAUCAGGACAUUAUUCAUUCUAUUCAUCUGGCCCGGAAGCCAAAUUUGGGUCUAAAAUCUUGUGAUGGCAACCAGGAGCUCUUAAACUUUCUUCGUAGUGAUCUCAUUGAAGUUGCAACAAGAUUACAAAAGGGGGGUCUUGGUUAUGUGGAAGAAACAUCAGAAUUUGAAGCUCGGGUGAUCUCAUUAGAGAAACUAAAGGAUUUUGGUGAGUGUGUAAUUGCUCUUCAAGCCAGUGUCAUAAAGAAAUUUCUGCAAGGCUUCAUGGCUCCCAAGCAAAAGAGAAGAAAACUCCAAAGCGAAGAUUCAGCAAAGACUGAAGAGGUGGAUGAAGAGAAAAAAAUGGCAGAGGAAGCAAAGGUUGCAUCUGCUCUGGAAAAAUGGAAGACAGCAAUCCGUGAAGCUCAGACUUUUUCCAGAAUGCAUGUUCUACUUGGGAUGCUUGAUGCCUGUAUCAAGUGGGAUAUGUCAGCAGAAAAUGCUAGAUGCAAAGUUUGUCGAAAAAAAGGUGAGGAUGACAAACUGAUCUUGUGUGACGAGUGUAAUAAAGCCUUCCACCUGUUUUGUCUGAGGCCAGCCCUCUAUGAAGUACCAGAUGGUGAGUGGCAGUGCCCAGCUUGCCAGCCUGCUACUGCCAGGCGUAACUCCCGUGGCAGGAAUUAUACUGAAGAGUCUGCCUCUGAGGACAGCGAAGAUGAUGAGAGCAAUGAAGAGGAAGAAGAGGAAGAAGAAGAAGAGGAAGAAGAUUAUGAGGUGGCUGGUUUGCGAUUGAGACCUCGAAAGACUGUCCGGGGCAAGCAGGGUGUCAUCCCCCCUGUGGCAAGGCCAGGCCGACGACCAGGUAAGAAGCCACAUUCAACCAGGAGGUCUCGGCCGAAGGCACCACCUAUGGAUGAUGCUGAGGUUGAUGAGCUGGUGCUUCAUACCAAGCGGAGCUCCCGGAGGCAAAGCCUGGAGUUGCAGAAGUGUGAAGAGAUCCUCAACAAGAUUGUGAAGUACCGCUUCAGCUGGCCAUUCAGGGAGCCUGUGACCAGAGAUGAGGCUGAGGACUACUAUGAUGUGAUCACCCACCCCAUGGACUUCCAGACAAUGCAGAACAAAUGUUCCUGUGGGAGCUACCGCUCUGUGCAGGAGUUUCUUACCGACAUGAAGCAAGUGUUUAUCAACGCUGAGCUUUACAACUGCCGAGGCAGCCAUGUGCUAAACUGCAUGGUGAAGACAGAACAAUGUCUGGUGGCUCUGUUGCAUAAACACCUUCCUGGCCACCCAUAUAUCCGUAGGAAACGCAAGAAGUUUCCUGAUCGGGUUGCUGAAGAUGAAGGGGACAGUGAGCCAGAGCCCAUUGGACAGUCCAGGGGACGAAGACAGAAGAAAUAGGCGGGGCCCUGGUGACGGUAUCAGUGAGUGCCAUACAGAAUUCUGUAUUCACCAGCAUCAUGAAACAUUUGUACUCUUUUGAGUUGAUCUUGGCAGAGUAAAGGGACAUGUCUUGGAGCCAUUCCUGAAUAUUCUUCCCCUCUUUGUGACAAUUCUCUUACCAUUCUUACCCCACUUCACCCCCUCAAAAAAACAGACAAAAUUAAAAAAAAACAAAAACAAAAAACUAAGGCACUUCACUUAAAGACUGGAGUCCUGCUUGUAAUCAUGCAUAUAACCUUUACUUUGAUGGAUCUGGCCAGUGGGGUGUUGGAGCCCAGCCCACCCACAUACCAGACAGGCUCUUAGGGGAGCAGAAGAAAAGCAGGAAGAAUUGAAAUGUUUAAUUUUUUAAAAAUUGACUUUUCUAAUUAUUAAAAGUUGCUUGUUUCAGCAGUGAUAUUGUAUAAAGAACAUCUUGUAAAAUAUUUCUGUCAUCUUGCUUUGGCACAUGUACAGUACAAUUUAUAUGAUAAUG